AUGCUCAACCCAUCAAUGGCUGCCUCUACGGGGCGAUCCAAGGCCAAGAUGCCCAGACUGCGAUUGUACCAGAUGCGCUUCACACUUUUCCUUGUCGUAUGUCUUGCGACGACAUUCGCAUCUGCUGCCUCCGUACCACACCGCGCUUCGACCCGCGUUCCCACGUUAUCAAUCGAUCUUAGCCAGCCUCCAUCACCACCUUCCUCGGAGGAGAUGAUUAAUGGAUUCUCUAGCGGUGUUGGCGAGCACGAGCAGCUUCUCCGCGAGGCAAAUGACGAUGCCACGACUCCUGAGAAAGGCGAGAAGAGACGAAGGAGUGCACAUGCUCCAGCCUCAACUACUACGGCGCUGUCGAAGCCAACCAGCAGUUCGUCAUCGUCAUCGUCAUCGUCAGCCUUGCCCGUGCCAUUCGACAACACACCGGCCUCCGCCUUCCAGAGCUCGGGCUCAACCGACUCCUGUUCUAACUUCAUAUCCGGCCUUCUCGCAAAUCCCACGUUCAAGAGCUGCUACCCGCUCUCCAUGAUGCUACAGACGUCGACAGGCCUCUUUCAAGCCGAAAAGUCGCUUCUCAGCAUUGUCCGAGUGCUCGAUGCAACCUGCCGAGCUGACUCGCUUUCUUGUGCUACGUUUCUCGACCAAGCCGCAACGAAUCUCACUCAGAGCAACAAUUGCAAGACCGAGAUUGCGCAGAAUCAGACUUUAGUCCUGCAAGCAUACCACGGGCUGUUGGCCUACAAAACGGUGUAUGCAGCGACUUGUCUCCAGGAUCCGACCGAGAGCCAGUAUUGCUUUGCCAACGCAGUCACCAACCUCAACACGCCCUCGGACGCUUACCUUUACUUUUUACCAUACGGCUUGGCAUUACCUGGCAGCUCAAACCCCUCUUGCAGCUGGUGCACUCAACAAACGAUGGACAUUUAUUUUUCUGCAUCUGCAGACCGCAGCCAAGCCAUUUCUGGUGUCUACGUGGACGCAGCCCGCCAAGUGAACACUUUGUGCGGCCCAAAUUAUGUCAAUGGCACUCUUCCGCCAGCCUCAUCAGAAGCUCGCGCUCUACAACCAGCCAUUUAUACCAUUACAUUGGCAGUCCUAUGUACCGCGUUUGCCACUCUCGUUUCAAUUUCAUAG